CAGCCAUCCGACCGGGUAGGCAGAGUGAUCCAUUGCAUUGGACCAAGGUCUACAUUUCACCAAGCACCGACGCGCGUCGGGGAAGCAAAAUCAAGUGCAUCGCUUGUCUGGCUGUGCUCAGUCCACGUAGAGCCUGCGGGUUGUACUGAUGAAUCGAUGCCAUGGCCCGUGUGUAGAGUGGACUAACUGGCAACAACAAAGUAACGUUACUGUAAUUUGGAAGCUUUCAGCACAUUGUUCCUGUUUGAAGACGGUGCCUCUGCAGUAGUUCCUGUGGGGAAGGGUGAAGCAGCACCAUGGCUUGCCCUGUCCAGUUCCUAUGCCGGGCUGUCCGCACUGUGGGCCUGGUCCUCGUUUACUAUGUCUUCUCCAUCGGCAUCACCUUUUAUAACAAGUGGCUGAUGAAGGGCUUCCACUACCCACUGUUCAUGACGCUGCUCCACCUCACCAUAAUAUUCUGUCUCUCUACCCUGACCCGCUCGGCCAUGCAAUGCUGGACAGGGAAGCCUCGGGUCAUGUUGAACUGGACAGACUACCUCACAAAGGUUGCCCCAGUCGCCAUUGCAACAGCGCUGGACAUUGGACUCUCCAAUUGGAGCUUCCUCUUCAUCACCAUCAGCUUGUACACAAUGACCAAGUCUUCUGCAGUGCUCUUCAUCCUCUUCUUCUCAUUGGUUUUUAAACUAGAGCAUCCGAACCCAUACCUGAUCGUGGUGGUCCUUCUGAUAGCCAGCGGCCUGUUCAUGUUCACCUUCAAGUCGACCCAGUUCAACCUGAAGGGCUUCAUCAUGGUACUGCUGGCAUCGUUCAUCGGCGGGAUCCGGUGGACCCUCACGCAGGUCCUGAUGCAGAAAGCAGAGCUGGGGCUCCAGAACCCAAUAGACACCAUGUACCAUCUACAGCCGCUCAUGUUCAUGGGCCUCUUCCCGCUCUUCCUCUUCAACGAAGGGCUGAGCCUAAGUACCUCAGAGAAGCUGUUCCGUGUGAAUGAGCUCUCUCCCCUGCUCUACACUCUGGUCAUGCUGAGUAUAGGCGGAUCACUGGCCUUUGGCCUGGGCUUCUCUGAGUUCCUGCUAGUCUCAAAGACCUCCAGUCUCACUUUAUCCAUAGCAGGGAUCUUUAAGGAGGCGUGUACUCUGCUGCUGGCAGCAGGCCUGAUGGGGGACAGGAUGAGUGGACUCAACUUGAUGGGUUUCGCUGUCUGUGUUUCUGGCAUCUCCCUGCAUGUGGGGCUGAAGACCUACUAUUCCAAAAGUAAAAUUCACUCGUUGAGACAGCUGCCUGUUAAAAACAGCCAAGACCUGGAAGUACCACUAUUAUGUCAUAAGGAAGAUGAGGGGGAGGAGACAGCUGCUGAUGAUGAUGAUGAUGAUGAUGAUAAAGAGCAGGAGAUUCUACUCUGAAUCAAACAAGAUGGCUGACUCACUGUCUUGUUCCAGAGAGGCAAAGAGAAGGGAUCACUGCCUCCACCUCCCUUUCCAACCAAAGUGCAGGAGUUGAGGAGCAAACUGAGGUUGAGAGGAGAUUCUGGAACACUUGGAGGACAAAUGGAAUUAAAUAAAAAAGUGUAUUUAUUGCAACGUGUUUUGGCUUUUGGCCUUCUUCAGAGAGGCCACAGAGGAACAGAAAGGAAGGCUUCCAACCCUCCUCUACAGACAACAUUCUCUUCAGCAUUUGUCCAAAAUCGCUGAGCAUUACCGACAGUUACACGGACGGACACCCUAAACUUUAUCAAAUGCAUUUACUGUUGCCUUUUCAGGGCCUUCAGUGAUGUGAAAUAAAAGUGUUUACCUUAUAAUGUGAAAUGACCAAACCAUAUGUGCCAUUAUAAUGAUAAAUGUUUCUAGAAAUGGGGGACCACUUGCCUAAACAUCAAUGUUACCAUGGUUACUCCAUGAUUGUCAGUCUGACCAAAGUCGCCCUAAAAAAAUAAACAAUAUUCUCUAUAAGCCAAAAUGUUGAAUAAAAUUAUAUUUACACAUACUUUACUGCUUGUACGUGCUGUUGGUCCUUCUAGCGGUAGGUGGAGAUAGGGUAUCCACAGCAAAGUGUUGUUUACCUGACUUUUUGCGGUGCCAGUAGGUUCUGUCGCUUGUAUUUUCAAUCUCUUGACUCACUGCACGUGCUGCACAAUAUGUAAACAAUAGCUGUUUGCCGUUCGGUGUGUGGUUUGGCUCGGCCAUAUUGGGCAAGUGUUCGUCACGUGCGAAUUGCAUCAGUAUUGAAAAUUAAAACAGGAAAUACAAACUGAUAUACAGACCACUGUACUAAAGGCCGUGUUGAUAAUACUUCCCUGUGGAUAUUUUGUAUUCAAUUACGUCCGACAUAGGGACAAAAUUUUCUGAAAUGCUAACCCUCCAUGUUAGAGACGAGUGUGUAAAUAUUUCAUUUUAGUAAUGUAGCAGACACUCUUAUCCAUAGCGACUUACAGUUGAGAGCACACAUUUGUCAUUACCUUUUCAUACUGGUCCCCCGUGGGAAUUGAACCCUCAACCCUGUUGUUGCAAGUGCCAUGCUUUACCAACUGAGCUACACAUGACUCCACAUUGUCAAAUGCUAAUUAAAUUUGAUUAUUUGAGUUAAAGCAAUUUCUAAACAAUUAGGUUGUCAUUUGUUUAUAUUGAAUUGGUUAAGCACAGAGCUUUUGUUGCUGCUACUAUGUACUGUAUGUUCUUAAAUAAAACAUUUGCACAAUU